CUCGUACCGAACAUUAUUUUUUAUUGGAACCUUAUUCAAUGUUAUUUGGAUUGAGUCGUGUUUUUGUCAGCUUGUUCUUCUCAACUUAAACUUCAAUUUAGUUAUUUUGUUUUUUACAACCCAUCAUGCUUCAUUCCUAAUAUUCAACUUAACUACCUAAAACUACAUUAAACAAUUGGGGCGUAAUAAUCGAGAUGGAAUUCGUCACAGCCCUUCGGGGCACCUUCGACGAUCAGAAGCCCUCAUUAUUUGAGCUGCUCUCCGAACAACAGCUCAAUUCGCUUCUACCACCGACGUUACGAUACCUUCUCACCGUCGCCACUCAUCGGUACCCUCGUUACUUGCUGCGUGUGCUUAACUCCUUCGAUGAGCUCUACGCGCUCGCUAUGCUCGUUAUCGAGCGCCACUAUCUACGAACACGCGGCGGCGGCUUCACCGAGCACUUCUACGACCUCAAGCGAGAAAAGGCUCUGCAGGCCGAGGUCCCGCGCGCCACCACCCGCGCGCCCGAGCUCGUGCGGCAGACCCUCAAGCUCAGCGAGAAGGACAUCUGGAAGAACCUGGCCGUCAUGGUCGCCAUACCCUACCUGAAGCGGAAACUCGACGAGAGCCACGAGAUCGAAGCCCCGCGAGCCCUGCUCGGCGCAAACUACACGCGUAUGCCCGCGAACCCGACGCUAAAGCAGCGCCUGCUGCACUACUACAAGUGGUUCAUACGCAACGUCUACCCGAGCGUGCACGCCGCCUAUUACUUCAGCAUCAUCGCCUUUAACCUGGCGUACCUGUUCGACGGUACGAAAUACCACAACCCCUUCCUGUGGCUUAUCGGCACCAGGAUACGCAGGAUGAACGGAGCCGAUUACCAGGCUAUCGAGGCCCUGGGCAAGUCGAAGCCCGGAAGCGCGCCCCUCACGGCUGCGAACUUCCUCAAUCCGAGGGUGUUGGGCCCGAAACUGCUGAGCAGCCUGUCGGUGCUGCUGCCCACGAGCAUCUUCGCGCUCAAGUUCCUCGAGUGGUGGUACGCGUCGGACUUCGCGAAGCAGCUGUCGAGGAAGGCGUCCGAGAACCUGGAGCUUCCGCCACCGGUGGUAUCAGGUUUAUCCGCGCUGGGAGUGAAGGGUCUGCAACAGAAGAAAAACAAAAAGGGUCAAGACGAGAAGAGUAAGGAUAAGGAGAAAGAGGGCGAGGGAGAGGGAGAAGGGGUGGAACGAGCCAAGAUACCGUCGGCGGAUGACGCGCCGAUCGCCACCCCUUCGCUACUGCCUAUCUUCACGGUGCCGGCGCCGGAGGACUCGGAGCUGUGCCCCAUCUGCGAGGAGGAGAUCACGACGGCGACGGCGUGCCAGACGGGCGUGGUGUACUGCUACGCGUGCAUACACCGCUGGCUCGAGGGCACGCACCAGCGGCAGGAGGAUUUCAUGGCGGCCGACCGGGAGGGCAAGUGGGAGAGCGGCCGGGGCAGGUGCGCCGUGACGGGGCGGAGGGUGCUCGGCGGCACGGAGGGGCUGAGGCGUAUCAUGGUUUAAAUUAAAAAGAUCUCUAAAAAAGAUCUGGGUGUUGUUUGUUGUACAAAAAGAAACUGCAUGCAUCAUGUAUCAUUGGGGUUCAGGCACCGGCGUCCAGGGGUAGCAUCUAAAAAAAGCUACAGGCUAGGGGGGAGUAUCUAUCUGAUGGACAGUAACACGAGGCUUCGAGGUACAAUUACUUAUUAAUGAACGACAUUAUAAUUGUCAAUAUCUCAUCACUACGAGACGUCUGUCUAGUCUAGUCUAGAUAGGUCGGUUUUAUUUUCAACAGGCCACGGAUACUGACCAGAGCCUUUUUUUGGUUUGGAACGAACGAGUAAUCUCGUUUGUUGGGACCGCGGGUGGGCUCCAGAAACAGCUGUUCGUCAACCAUAUCUAUCUACGAAAGCUUCUUGAUAUGUCUAUAAUUAUUGCCAUGAUGCAAAGCAAAGCAAGCAAUUUGGAGCCGGCAAUGGGCCGAUUACGUGUGGUGGUUCUAGACCUUGCUUUGCUUUACUCGUCAACGAAGGAAUUAGAACUACGAGGACGUAUUCCAUAUCCGUAAAUAGAACCAGGACGAGCGAGAUCUAGAUCUAGACUCCGGUGCGAGAAAAUAAACAAACAGCACGCACGUCGGAACGGGCCUAAGAAUAAUUAAACCAAAAAGAAUAUCCC